GAGAUAUUCUAUCAGUAUAUACCUUAGCAAAGUUGCAUUUUUGUUUACUACCUCUUCGCCUUUCAAGUCUGUGCAAACAUGAUUUAUCUUUAUGAUUGUAUGUAUGUAUAAUUAGUUCUUGAACCAAUAGUAUGCAUCAUAAUUGAAAAAGUGAAGUUAUUUACAAGUUAUUUGAAAAAUUAGGUGUUUUUUGAAGAAGUGCUUGUAACAACCUUGGAUAUUACUCAACAGAUAGAAUAAAGAAUUUUAAGGAGAUGGUUGACCAUAAUACCAAUAACGAGAAAGAUGAAAACGUAAAGUUUGAUUUCAACAGAGACAUAAUAUCCGAUCAGGAUUCAUCUCAAAAAAAGCCCGAUACCUGGUAUUUAUACUUUGUAAUAGCAACAGGUUUAAUAACAUGGAUAGUAGGCGGAGGACGAGUGGUCUGGUCAUCAUCAGCUUUAGUCAAGUUUAAUUCUACCGAUCCUGCCAUAAAUCCUUUGGGACGACCAAUAACAACUGGAGAAACUUCAUUAUUGGUUGGCUUACCUGGCAUAAUUUCUUUACCAUCCAGCUUCUUAUUCACGCAACUAUCUGAUUUGGUUGGACGAAAAUAUUGUCUGCAAAUUAUAGGGAUUUUAUCCUUUUUUGGUUACAUAGGAUUAGCCUUCAGUAGCUCCGUGCCAAUUAUCAUCACAUUCCUAACUAUACUGUCAUAUGUUCUUGGAGGAAUAAUGUGUGUUUUUCCAAUAUAUCUAACUGAAAUUUGUGAGGAUCACAAUAGAGCUAAAUAUGGCUGCCUCUUAGCUGCAUGUUUUUUCCUCGGACAACUUUAUACUAAUGCUAUUGGACCUUUAUUUCAUAUUAGGUACUAUACGCUUCUGGUCGCAGCUCCACUACUGUUUUUUCUAAUUUUCUUCAAUUUCGCUCCCGAAACUCCUGUGUAUUUAUGUACGAAAGGGAAGAAAGAAGAAUGUAUGAAAGCUUUGAAGAAAUUAAGAGGCAAUAAAUCGGGUAGUGAAUUGGAGAAAGAUUUUACCAGUAUUAUCCAAAAUGUACCAUCGUUGAAAAGUGGCAAGAAACCGAAUAUGUCCCAAUUAUUUUUUACGAAGGAAGGUAGAUUCGGUUUGCUGCUCAGUUCACUGGCAAUGCUUUUCCAGUUGAUGAGCGGGGGAUCUGUUUUGGUACCAUUAAUGGCUCCAAUUUUUAACCAAUUCAAAUCAGUUGUUAAUGGAGAAAUAGUAGCUGUUUCUAUCAGUACUCUGAAAGUUAUAAGUUUAUUCACAACGGUUUUCAUAAUAGAAAGAAUUGGAAGACGACCAUUACUAAUUAUUUCCUCGAUAGGAUCGGGUAUACCGAUGGCAAUAUUAGGAACUUUUCUUUAUUUCCAAUACAUUGGCUCAUCUAUAAUCAAUGAAAUUGAAUGGUUACCAUUUGUUGCAAUAUUAAUUUACUAUGUUAUGUUUGGAAUUGGGCUCAGUCCAAUUCCGAUACCAAUGAUUAGUGUUCUCUCACCAAUAGAGUUACAAUCAGCCUCAAAUACGUUAGUAUUCACUGUAACAAACUUUUUAUUAGCUGUGUUCCAAGCUGUAUAUCCUUUAAUUUCCGAAAAAUUUGGACCCCAAUGGUGCAUGUGGAUAUUUGCACUCAGCUGCUUCAUAGGAGCUGUUGUAUUCUACUGGUUGUUACCAGAAACUAAAGGAAAAAGCUACGAAGAAAUUCAGCAAAUUUUAAGGAAUCAUCGAUAUUUGAAAGUUUAAAAUAUUUUUAAUAUUUUUGAACGUGUGACUUAGUAAGAAACAGAGUGCAAAUAGCCACAUUUUCGGACUUUUUAUACUGUUUUGAUAAUUAUCAACAUAACCAACAAUUGAAUAAAAUGACUAACAUCGUA